CGUUGAACUUGAUCCACAUUAGUGAUAAACAUGACAUGACGGAAAACAAACGCAUCAAUCGUGAACCCUUCUUUCUUAGCCAGAGGUUUCCGUUUUCGCUUUCAUUGCUUCAUCGCAAUUACUUUACUUGGCUCCAGAAUCCUCUCCAUCAGCAGCUAAGCAUUUCUGAAAUCUUCAAAACUUUCGUAGGGGUUCCCGAUAACAACUCGCCUCUUCUACCCUCUGUAAUGGCGAUGAGAGGUGUCGAUUUCAAGUGGUACGAUGGGUUCUUCUUGUCGAUGCUUGCAACUAGUGUAAUCAUUGUAGCUAUCAAUUGGAAGAAAUACCAUACUUGCCAUUACCCCUUGCAUAUAUGGAUUGUGGUUGAUUACACCACCGUCUUUAUCUUCCGCGUCUUAAUGUUUGUUGACAAUGGUCUUGCUGCUGCCCUUGGCUUGGAUUUUGGAAGUCAACAACGGAACAUUGGGUUUUGUGGGAGAGUGGUGGUGCUCUCUAUCCUAUCUCUUUUGCUCUAUCCAUCUCUGUGGGCUUGGACUGUAAUCGGUACAAUAUGGUUUACAAGGGCAAAAAGCUGUUUACCUGAAGAAGGCCAAAAAUGGGGUUUCCUCAUUUGGCUGAUAUUCAGCUACUCUGGCCUCCUCUGCAUUGCUUGCAUCUGUGUCGGAAAGUGGUUGGCGCGAAGACAGGUGCACGUGUUACGUGCUCAGCAGGGAAUCCCGAGCUCAGAGUUCGGGAUUUUAGUUGACAUGAUUAGGGUUCCUGACUGGGCAUUUGAAGCCGCGGGCCAAGAGAUGAGAGGCAUAAGUCAAGAUGCUGCUGCUGCAUACCAUCCUGGACUUUACUUGACUCCUGCUCAGACUGAAGCCGUGGAGGCACUCAUACAAGAACUUCCAAAGUUCAGGUUAAAAGCCGUCCCAGAUGAUUGCGGUGAAUGCUUAAUCUGCUUAGAGGAGUUCCAUAUUGGACAUGAGGUUAGAGGUUUACCUUGCGCCCAUAAUUUCCAUGUGGAGUGCAUAGACCAGUGGCUGCGUUUGAACGUGAAAUGUCCUCGGUGCCGGUGCUCAGUCUUUCCAGACCUCGAUCUCAGCGCAUUAUCCAAUCUCCAGAGCUCAUCAACACAACAGCCCCCACAGGGGAACACGGAAACAACAGAAGCUCGGUAUGAGGGUCCAUUUUAAAAUAUCACACAUGAAAGAAGUCAUAACUUCUCUUUUAAUAUAGUAGAUUAGAAAAUAUAAAAUGAUCAAAAGCAAAUUGUCAAUGUCUUAUAUUUUGUCACUUAGGACAAUCAUCUUUGGAACUCAAUAGAUAUUUCCUUUUGUUAGAUUUUCUCGUUACUAUUUUUGAUGAAAAGUUGUUUUUCAGUAUAA